AUGAUCGGAGUCACGACUGAAGCCUGUAAGGUGUCCACAUCGAUCAAUAAGUCUACGCAACGCUCACCAAUUAUUCAAAUUUCAACCAACACAGACAACUCAUACAAAGAAACAUCGGUCAAUGGUCUUACUAGGGGCAGGAAAUCCCCUGAGGCUGGAACACCGCUAUGUGGCUACGAGGGCGUAUCUCAGGUCACCUCGGUGCGGCGUCUCAGAUUCAUGCGUGAGUGUUCUCGAAUGACGCGUGCACUGGAGGGUUGCGCUGCUCGACCAAUUGAUGUUUUAAGGUGA